GUGCUCCAUUGCUGAUGGCUCCUCCCUCAGCAAUCCAUGCGUUGUGUUGUUGUUAUCUGGAGUGGGGGAAGUUUCUGCUACUGUCAGGCCAAGGAUGGUUUAAUAACAAUGUCAGAAGUACUGAUGAAAGAAAUGGAGGAUGUAUCGCUUUGUCACAUAAAAACAGAAGAACACCCGGAAAAUGGUCGGAGUUUUCUUCUGGUUGACGAACAAGAAAAUCUGCAGGUCCAUGAUGAGGCUCAGUUCCUGGAGAGGCUGGGCUGCGGGGACAUGCAGGGCGUCAAGGUCCUCUCCAUCUUUGGCAACACGGGCGACGGCAAGUCCCACACCCUCAACCAUAUCCUGUUUGGCGGGGAUAUCGUAUUCUACACCUCCAAGUCCCCCAGCUCCUGCACAGUGGGCGUGUGGGCCGCCUUUGACCCCGGGCUGGGCCUGGUGGCUCUGGACACAGAGGGCCUGCUGGGGGCUGCGGCCAACCAGAACCAGCGCAUGCGUCUGCUGCUGAAGGUGCUGGCCGUAUCGGACGUGGUGGUGUACCGCACGCGGGCCGAGAGGCUGCACAACGACAUGUUCCAGUUCCUAAGCAGCGCCUCAGGGGCCUACCUGAAGCACUUCACCCCUGAGCUGCGCGCCCUCUCCAGCCGCUGUGGCAUGGACGUGCCCCUCUCCUCCCUGGGGCCGGCGGUCAUCGUGUUCCAGGAGACCACCCACACCCAGCUACUGGGCCAUGAGCGAACAGAUGUCCCUGGCUAUGCAGACACUCAGCUCCAGAGGCGCUUCCAUGACCUGGGCCUGGGUACAGAGGCCUUCAGCUCAGUGCAGUACGUGGGCACACAGACUAUCACUCCUCCGACCAACUACUCUCUGCUCCUGGAGGCUGUACGCCAGCAAGUCAGGAACACUGCCACACGAUCGCCCCGCCAACCGGCCAUCGUCUUCAGCGCUCUGCAGGCCCUUAGUGACAGGUUCUGUGGGGAGAUCUUAGAUGACAAAAUCCCCCUCUACUCCUUCUUCCCUGACGAAUACUUCACCUGCUCUUCAGUCUGCCUCAGCUGCAAUAUCCGCUGUAAGAACGGGAUGAACCAUCUAAGAGACAGGGUCCCUCACCUGGCAGACGGACUGUGUCAGUACGCUCACCAGUACAACAACAAGGUCCUCAUCUGCAAGAGGUGUUAUGAGGGGGGCAGGGAGGUUAUUGUCAUUCCUAAAACCUCAGCCUCCACAGACAACCCCUGGUUUGGGCUGGCAAAGUUCGCCUGGUCUGGGUAUGUCCUGGAGUGUGGCAGCUGUGGCAUCAUCUACCGCAGCCGGCAGUACUGGCUGGGCAACCAGGACCCAGAGAGCGGCGUGGUGCGGCCUGAGGUCAAACACGUCUGGGAGGGGUCUGAGGCCUUCCUGACAGACCACCAGAAUGCGGCCCAGAGGGUGCUGGAUGGGAUGAACUUUGUGAUCCAGUCUGUGUCGGAGUACAGCACGGGCCCCACCAAGGCUGUCACCUCCUGGCUAACUGACCAGGUGGCCCCACCCUACUGGAGACCCAACACGGACAUCACCGCGUGUCACUGCUGUAAGAAGCCCUUUGAGGAGGCGGAGAGGAAGCACCACUGUCGUUCGUGUGGUGAGGGCUUCUGCCAGGCCUGCUCCACCCGCAGGAUGCCCGUGCCCGAGAGGGGCUGGGGCAGCACUCCCGUCCGGGUCUGUGACGCCUGCCACCGCCAGGGAGGGACUGACACCACCAACCAGGUGGCUGUGGUGGAGCCGCGGGGGCUGAUGGCCCGCAGGGUGACAGAGGUGGCCCAAUCUACUCUAGACAUGGUCACCACUGCAGUGGACUACCCUCUGUGCUUUGUGAAGGGAGUGGCCCGGCCUGACUACUGGAUCCCUGACCCCCAGAUCGUGCAGUGCCACCAGUGCAGCAAAGCCUUCACCCCCAGUAUGUCCAAGCACCACUGCCGGGCGUGUGGCCAGGGUGUCUGCAGCGGUUGCUCCUCCAAGAGCCGCCCCGUGCCCUCCCGUGGCUGGGACCACCCUGUCCGCGUCUGUGACGGCUGCGCCAGCCGCAAGGGCAGACUGUGAGGCAAGGGCAGAGACCAGGGACACUGCUGCUAGGCAUCUGAAAUCUAGUCAGACGCCACGGCACACUACAUGUUGCUUAUCUUUGUCUCCCUGUGCACUAUGCCCCACUGACCUUCAAGAGAAAAAUACCCAAUCCAGGUGACCCCUGCCCUAUGGGGAAGGUACUCGAGUGAUGUCCUGAAGUAGCACUCUAAACAUGGGACUGACUCAUCUGAAAUCGACUGCCUAAAACCAAGAACUGAACUAGCGGGACAAGAACUGGACUUCUGAAAAUUGGAAAGCCGAGACAGUUGUAAAAAGCCCCCAACUGAGAAAGCCCCCAACCCCCCUCCCCCCAACCCAAACAACCCACUGUCUGCACUGAAAGACAUUAGCCUGACAACUUUUCUGUUUGUAUACAGAACUCUCCUUUACUUGCGACCGGGAAGAAUCUUAAUAUCAUUCUUAUCUGUUGGGAAUGGCUGAACAUUGAGUUAGAUUAGAUUUUUAAAAUGUAGAUUAGAUUUUAAUUCAGGUGUGGGCUGUAGUGGCCAGCCAAGCCUUUGCCUCAGACCACAUCAAGGAGUAACAGCCCUGUAACCAUGGUAACCUGACAAGGAGACACAGGAAGUGACAUCAAAACAUGCUCUUCCUCCCUGAUGCGAUCUCAGGCAGUGUGCCAUGGUUUGAGUUGAUGCACAAGACAGGAAAAUGAAUAAAGAUGUCACAUGCAGACAUUCCAGUUUACAUGAGUACCCUUUUUGACACUGUUGUGCCGACCCCAUCCAUACUGUGCUGGCUCAUGUAUUUUCCAUUAACAUUGUCCUUCCCAGCAUGGUUCCAGCAACUAGGGUGGAUUAUUAACCAGGUCAGUGCAGUACUGCUGGGCUCAGCUCACUAGUGUGAAAGGGGUAUAGUAAGUAUGUUAAUUUAGGCUCUGCUUAUCUUAACAGGUGUGCACUUUAGGGAUCCAUUGAUGUUUGAAACAAGCACAUUAUUUUAAUGAAUACUGAGGGUUUAGUUAGUGAUAAGGCACAAGAGGCAGUGCUGUAUCAUGAAUACAGUCACAGGUAAAUGGCGUUGUUCGGCCCCACGCUACAGCAGAGUCAACCCAUUUGCCUGUGACUGUAUUCAUGACACAGCACUGCCUUGUGUGCCUUAUUGCUUUUAUAAAUCUGUUACCAACAUAUUAAAAUAACAGUGAAAUACAUAUUUUCAUUAACUUUAUUUUGAUAAGUGAUUCCACCAGAAGAUACAGUGCGGACAAAAAUCUGGUGGUUAGUUAUUUUGGUCAUGUUGCUACAGAUGCGACCCAGUCGUUAAUGAUUUUUGCAUAGUCCGUUCUACUAAACAAAAUGGUUGCUAUGCAGGCUGGAUAACGUUCGUGUCACUAGCUAGCCAACUUCAACUCAGUCACGUCAAACACUCGACCUGGAAUGACAGUACAUUUGCUGCAUUUUCGUUUGAGCUGUUUUCUAUUGGCAUUUACUUGGAUUUGUUAAUGAUAAUGACGUUGAUGCGUGAAUUCGCCUAGCUCAGAAGAAGUUGUCUCGUCUGGUCAUGGUGAUCGAAAUGCACAGAUUAUUUGCAUUUUCAGUAAUAUCAUCUAUCCAGUAUCCAUUGAUGUGACUGACAUGACAUGUUUGCCGAAUUAAAAAUGGAAUUUCAUUUCUCCAUCAGAUUUUAUUCUCUUUACAAAGUACUGGAUCCUAUAAUACUGGCCUUCUGUAUAGUCAUAACCAAUUGUUGUUUUAUUCAAUGUGUAUAUACUAUGAGAUUCUGGGUAUAUGACAAUCUUGAUUUUUUAAAAGUCAGGCUUCACUGAAUUUUAAAUAACUUAAGCCAUCCCACUGGGCACACACUGGUUGAAUCAACGUUGGUUCAACGUUAUUUGUCAACCUAUUGUGAUGUGGAAUCUGUGGAAAACAAGUAAUCAACCAGUACUGUUUUCAUCUCAUUUCAACCAGCGUUGUAAACAUUGAAAUUAGGGUAAAAUUUCAACUUAAAUACAAUGACUUAACCUGACUAACAGGUUGUUACAUCAAUCAAAUUUCAACAUAAUCAUCAAAACUAUGUAUAUGUUGAAAUUGCGUUGAAAAUUCCACAUCCUAUAUUCAAUAUACAGUAUAUUGGCGUGGUUGAAAUAGUUGAAUUUCAUAUUUGAUUGAAAUUUGAUUUAAUUUGACCUUGUUUAAAUGUUGAUACUAAAAUUGUAUGUUUGAAUCAACGUCAUUGUGUCAAUGUCAUGCCAUCAACCUAAAUAAAGAGGUAUAUUUAAAUAAAAUUCAACCAGUAUGUGA